CAGCCCUCUGUUCUGUCAGAUGCUCUAGGUCAGGCCCUCACUGAGGAUCUUCCCUUGAUCCAUUCUCACAGACAGAUAUCUCUGAGCAAGGGCCUGAGUCUGGCAGGUCAGGUCACCAUGAAGGCACUCCUCUUGGUGCUUUCUCUCUGGGCAGGGCUGGUUCCUGCCCAGGGUUCUCAAGGCCAUCCCUCGUGGCGCUACAUCUCCUCUGAGGUGGUCAUUCCCAGGAAGGAGCUGCACCAUGGCAAAGGUGUUCAGAUACCAGGAUGGCUGUCCUACAGUCUGCAUUUUGGGGGCAAGAGGCACAUUAUCCACAUGCGGCACAAGAAACUGUUUUGGUCCAGACAUCUGCUGGUGAUGACUCAGGACGACCAAGGAGCCUUGCAGAUGGACUAUCCCUUCAUUCCUCCAGACUGUUACUACGUCGGCUACCUGGAGGAGAUUCCUCUUUCCAUGGUCACCGUGGACACAUGCUAUGGGGGUCUUGAGGGUAUCAUGAAGUUGGAUGACCUUGCCUAUGAAAUCAAACCCCUCAGCAAUUCCCAAAGGUUUGAGCACAUUGUUUCUCAGAUAGUGGCAGACACAAAUGCGACGGGACCUACCUAUAAAGUGGGAUACAAGCAGGAUAUGGACACCUUGUUCCCUCAAGAAAUUGCCAUUCCAGGCUCCAGACUCAGUAACAGGAUAUUUUCCUCCCAUAAAUCCAUGAUCAAAGGAUUUGCUCAAAGCUCCAAUUCAGUAUAUCGUUUAUAUAAUAAUGUAACAACAUGUGCAAAGUUUCUGAUAGAUAUGGUUAGUUUAAUGGACUCAAUAUAUAAAGGCCUUGAUAUAAAAUUCCAUCUUACUGCAAUCCUAAUAUUUGAUGUAAGAGAUCCAGUCAACAUGAAUGAUUAUAGAUUGCCAUCUGGUCAAUACCACAGAUUUCAUGAGAAUUACUUGUUCAGAAUCAUAAAUCCAAGUUCAUCCUUUGUUGUGGUUAAGGAAGGACCACAAGACUAUCAAAAUGAGCCUGCAGCCUUCGGUUUAUGCUCUCCUCGAUGCCUACAUAUGGUUGGUCACCUGGGAAGACAUUAUUUAUUGUUAGCUGUGAUAACUUCCCAAUACUGUGCAAGAUCAAUUGGUAUUCCUUUUGAUAAUCCUGAGUGCAGUUGCCAGAGGAGGUCCAGCUGCAUCAUGUACAGAUAUCCUGUGUUGACAGAUUCCUUUAGUAACUGUUCUUUUGCACACUUACAAAAUGUUCUGAGCAUUAACAAGCAUUGCCUAUUCAAUGAAGAAGUGAUAUUCUUUAACACAAGCCUGACACAUAUACGCUGUGGAAACUCUAUAGUAGAAGAGAAGGAACAGUGUGACUGUGGCUCCAUCAAGCAGUGCGCCAGCAACCCCUGCUGUGGUAACAACUGCAAACUUGAAACUACAUUUCUUUGUGAUAAAGGACUAUGCUGUACAAACUGCACCUUCUCUGCUGUUGGGACACUCUGUAGACCAAUCCGGAAUAUCUGUGACCUUCCAGAGUAUUGCAAGGGGGGAUCUUCUGAAUGUCCUGAUAAUUUCUACAUGCAAGAUGGAACCCCCUGCACUGAAGAAGGCUACUGUUAUCGUGGAAACUGCACUGACCGUACCAUGCACUGCAAAGAAAUAUUUGGUGCAAACACUGUGGAAGGACCAGGUGCCUGCUACCGAAUUAAUAAAAAAGGCCACCAAUUUGGACACUGUAAAAGAGAGUUUUCAGCCAGAAACUUUAUUCGUUGUGGGGACCAAGAUGUCAAGUGUGGAAGGCUGCAGUGUACCAAUGUAACUCAUCUCCCUCAGUUGCAAGAACAUGUGGGCUUCCAUCAGUCUAAGAUUUCAGGUGUCUGGUGUUGGGGAUUGGACACACAUCGCUCCACAGGAACCACUGAUGUUGGUCAUGUGAGACCUGGUACUCCCUGUGGUCAUGGAAAGUUCUGUAACAAU